CAAAUGAGCGCAAAGUGUAAACUUUCCUGAUUUUGUUUUAUCUUAGCGAAUUUCACACAAAUCCAAUGUUGUUUUAUUCCUGUUUGAGGUUCUGAUAGGCCACACCUGCCCCGGGAUGGCCCGGUUCAGCAGGUAACCUGAGCGCCAGCGUGUGUUCAACACCGGUGCUGUGGAAGGCGGCAGGUUUCUGAAUCCUGCAGAGAUCCUGCAGUAAAAUGAGAGAAAGCUGCAGGAUUGCAGAGAGGGAGCACCAGCUGCAGAUUUUCACUUAUCCUGGAUAGGGCGGGCCACGAAGGACACACAUCUUCAAUCUAGGGAGAAGAAGGAAACAUUCGUUGGCCUGCUUUCUAAGGAGUUCUCUAAUCUGGACAACAUCGACGUGACGUAAUCGGCCUACAAAUCUGGCCUUCGAAGGAUGCAGCCUCUGGGUUUGGACACAUCCUUUUCCGUCUGUCCGUCCAGUUGAUUGAUGAAAUCUCUACUAUUACUGUGACGUGAUCAUUUGCAGCCAUCAAAGCUGAAAACUUACUCCUGGUCUGUGAAUAUUUUAUAACAUGAACAGUGGUGCUGACCCAUGGAGGUGGCAGAGAAGAUUUUAAAGUCCUUUAGGAGGACGGAUCAGGGGGAACAGAUGGAGGACAGCGGAUCCAGAGCCAAAAGAAAACGGUUUGAUGAAGAAGAAAUAUGCAGAGUUUCAGCUGUGGCUGCCUUGAAGGACUUGGUUCUGAAAACACUGACUGAUCUGAAAGAGCACGAGUUCCUAAAAUUCAAAUGGUUCCUGCAGCUGACUCAGUUCCAGAAGGGUCUUCCACAAAUCCCAUGGAGCGUGAUGGAGUUUGCAAACAGGGCAGAGUUAGUGGAUAUGAUGUGGAUCACGUGUGGAGAUCGGUAUCUGCAGGUGACCCACGAGGUUCUGAUGGACAUGGAACGGUCCGAUCUGAUAGAAGAACGUCUAGUGGAAAGUUCAAGCUUUAAAGUUGAACCCCUUGUGGAGGAUUUUUGGUCUGAACUGAAGCAGGAAGUAAAAGACACAGAGUCUGUUAUAAAGCUGCUGCUGGAACAGCUGGCUGAUCUGACUUUCCGGGAUGUAAAAGCUAUCCAGAACAUCCUUAGUUGGGAUCAGUGGAACGGUCCAUAUUUAAGUCCCUCAUGGAGGCUGCUGGGCAUGAAGGCGGGUCUGCGGGAAACCGUGCUUUUGAUGGUGCAGACCUACAGCCACAACCCCGUAGACAAGAUUGAAGAACUGUUUGCCAAGAUGGAGAGGCCCGAUCUGGUGUUCAGCCUGACAGAAUACGUAGAAAAGAAAUGCUUUGAGAGGAAAUGGAGCUCUGCUCUGAUCCAGAAAGUGGCAAUAAUGGCAGUUGUCAAAAAGCUGCUUUUGGAAACCUUCAGCUGUCUGAAUAGGUCCGAGUUUCAAGUAUUUAAGAAACUCCUGCAGCGGAUGGUUUAUCAGGAGCGUAUGUCAGAAAUAACGGGUUGGAGCGUGACAGAAAUUAAAAGCAAAAGAGAUCUGGUGGAUGUGAUGGUGGAGGAGCUGGGGCCGAGGGCUGUGGAGGAAACCAGGAAAGUCUUUAUGGAUAUGAACAGAACCAAUCUGCUAAGGAUGGUUCCACAGACCAGCUCUGGGAUCAAAGGGCAAACUCGAGAUGACUGCGAGGGACCUGAAUUUAAACCUGAUGAAGAACUUUCACCAAGUUUGGAUCUGGUGGAUUGUAAAAGUGCCAAGCAGGACUCCUGGAGCUGGACCAAAGUUGACCCUGAGGAGGACUGGACAUCUCCAGACGAAGCUCCAACCUACCGCCUCCGGUCUGAAGCGGGCCACUUUGAGUGUCGGGUCUCUGGUCUGCGUUGGGUCUGUGAGGAAAAGGUCAACUUUCGGUACCGGUUCUGCUCCUGGAACGGACACAUGCUGAGGAUGGAAGGCAGAGGAUACCGGCCUGCAGGUCCGUUAAUGGACAUCACCGUCUUCAGUGGGAAGAUGAUGGAGGUGCAGCUGCCCCACUGGGUCUGCAUCGAUGGUGUUCCUCAGUUACUGGAGAACUUUGCAGUCCUACAUGUGAAUGACUGCGGAGAUGUUUUGGAAAAAGUGACCGGGGUCACAGCGACGCAUGUCAGAAUAAGAGAUCCUGUUUUCUCCUUGUUAGCAGCUCUGAUAAAUUAUUUUUUCCCUCCAAAAAUCACCUGCAACACAUUGAUUUACUAUCAGCCCAAGACGCCGUUCCUCAAACUGCACAUCUACCUGAUCCCACUGGACCCUGCACUGAAACUGUCAAUCCACAGAGAAGAAACCUCUCUUGGGUAUGAAGUCAUCAAGAAGCCGCGGCCAGACACGCCUCUGAAGAUGGACCGUGUCUUCGCUCUCAAAGCUACCGUAGAGACCGCCAAAAUUCAGCCGCCGGAAAUGACUCUGAGGCACGACAGCCAGGACCCGAACUUCUACGAGGUUUUCAUUCAGAAUCCAGACAGAAACUUCAACCUUGAGCUGCUGCAGACUUGUUCAGAAAAGGUUUGGCACUGCGAGAUCCGGAAAGAUGAUCAUCCCAAGUCUGGUUCCUUUGAAGGAGGCGCUCCAACAGAAGCUGCUGCUGUGAAGACAGAAGAGGAGCACUUUGUGGACCAACACAUGGUUGAGCUGGUCCAGAGAGUGACCAGCAUUGCACCCAUUUUGGACAAGCUCUUAAAAGCCAAAAUUAUGCAAGAUGAAACUUACGAUGAAAUCAGCGCCCUACCCACCUGCCAGGCCAAGAUGAGAGCGCUCUACAGAGGACCGUUGAAGGCCAGCAAACGCUGCAAAGAUGUCUUCUACGAAAUCCUGGAGGAACUAGAACCUUUCCUCAUUAAAGACCUCAUGGGGAAAUAAAUCCUGGGAGAGAAAUCAAAUUAAUUUUAGACAGAGAAUCAAGACAAAUUUCUUGUAAUUGAAUAAAAAAAGUUUUACAUGUU